AUGGGGAUUCGUGGGCAGCCAGACAAACGCGGCGACGGAGCUGCUGGCUUUUCCCCCUCACCCUCAACAUCUAAGCGUCGCACUGGCCGCGAUGCUGCGGCUUGGAAUGACCCUGAGCUCUUUGGGGGGGAAGAAGACGAGUGGGACCGGCGCGAUCGAGACCGCGCGCUUUACCUGAAUGGGAAGCCUGACAAAAAGCCUUCCGCUGAUGAGAAGGGAAGGAGGUCGAGCACCUUCUCCGUCCCAGGAGAAUCAGACCAAGAAGGGAAGGAGAAUGCUGCUGAUGCAGCAGCAGCAACACCAGCAGAAAGCCGUCGCGGGCAGAGGCGGACCCGCCAGCCCCCGCUGAGCGCUGCCUCUUUCUUGCAGUCUCCUGAGGGGGCACCUGCGGAUGGCCUUUUGUCUUUAUACUGCAAUUUGAAUUACGCGCGUGACAAACUGCAUAAAUUCAAGUUCUUUGAUAGAGAUGCUGCGCGGGAGGUGAGGAAGAAGGAAUACAAGAAGGAACUGGAAGCAGCGCAGGCGCUGCUGGCAAUGAACGCCCGACAGAAGCGCCAGCAGCCACAACGAACGCCAGAGCUGCUGCAAGCGGAAAUAACAGUGCGGAGCCGGAGGCGACAGUUGGCGCGGCUAGCGGGGGAGGAAAGGCUGGAGCUGAGAGAGGACUUGAAUACUUUGUUGAGAGAAGUGAGAGAAGGCAUCGUGGCCUUCUACCCGUACAAUGAACACAUCUCACGCUUAGCCCGCAGACUCGAUAAAAUCAGCGCCCAGCCCGACUUGUGGGCGCAUCACAGACCUCGGCUCGUGCAACUCCACCUCUCAGGCUUUCUUAAGAAGUGGAUGGACAGAGGCUGCCCCCCAGACCCGUAUGCUCUGCUGCAGCAGCAGACGCGAGGCGGCACGACAACAGCAGCAGCAGCAGAAGCAGAAGGGGAAGAGGCGGAGACUGGGGGCCCUUCUUACAUGGACGAGGACGUUAGGGGGCCCCCAGAUCUCCACGAAGAAGAAGAAUACCCCUUCCCAUAUGAUGAACCCUGGGCACAGACAAACCCCACAGAGGCCACACAGGUAGCAGCCCCAGCACAGCCCGACACAGAGAAGGCUGCAACAGGUCGCAUUUACGUGCAUACCCCCAAGGCAUUGAUGUCUGGUGCAGGCCCCUCCGAAGAAGAGCUCAAGGAGCUGCGACAGAAGCAAAUGGAAGCGAAGGCCCGCAGAGAGAAACUGCGUGCAGCGCAGCAGCAGCAGCAGCAGCAGCAAACGGUUUAG